AUGUCCAAAAUAACCUCCAAAAACCUCUCCUACGACAGCACCCUCCCCCCCUUCCUCCAACGUCUCCAAUCCAACCACGCCUCCUCCUCCGACGGGCGCCACGAGUUCACCAUUUCGCGGCCGCGCAAACCCAUUGACGAAGAUGCUGAGCGGGAAAGCGAGCCCGUGGUUUUUGACGAGGUGAGCGGCGAGACGUUGAGUAAAGAGGAGUGGGAGAGACGGGAACAGGAACGGGAAGAAGGGGUGAAAGAAAAUGAGGGGGAAGGAGGAGAGGGAGAGGCGAUGGAAAAGAAAGAGAUUGCGAAAAUGGCGGAUGAGGAGGAUGAGAAUGAGAAGGGAGAGGGAGAGGAGAAAAGUGAUGAUAAGUCCUUGAAUAAAAAGGAUACGGGAAAUCAGAAGAAGAGUGACAGUGGUAAAAUUGGAGCUACAGCUACAUCAAAAACGAAACCUAAAGCUGCGGCGAAGAAGGGUAAAAAGAUAAAGUUGAGUUUCGGGGAUGACGAGUAA